GGUGAUUUUAAAUUGUUUCCCUCCCCCCCCCUUCGGUAAAUCCCAUUAAUACUGUAAUAUUUGAGAGCAGCUUGUAGUGACAUCUAACAUUUUGUUCUGUUUGUACUGCAGGCUGAGGUCAAGCAAACAAAGAAAGCAAUCAUUAUGUUUUAGCAUUCUUUUUUAAUGAGCACAUUAAAAUCUACUCACAGCUACAGGAUCAGCUGUGAAGAGAAGGGAGAAACAUUGAACUCUGAGUAGCACUGUUUUUUUGAAGCAGUUUAUGGAAAAAUAAUAGAGUGAAGGGAUACGUAAGGACUCUGGAGUUCAAAGCAUACAGUGGAGUCUUCUCAGGGAAGAUGUCGUCUUUGACAAUGAAAACCUGUUGUCUGGACAAAAGAGGAAGUUUCUUUAAGCUCAUUGACACAAUUGCCUCAGAAAUCGGAGAACUGAAACAGGAGAUGGUACAGACAGAUCUCACACUGGAAGAUGAAUCUGCUGAUUUGCGAAGUCUAAUAAAGGACAUGGAUAAUGUCUCUCCUGAGAAAAAUGAUGUAAAAAGCUGCCCCCGGGACUCUGGAUAUGACAGCCUAUCCAACAAGCUGAGCAUAUUGGACAAGCUCCUCCACACUCACCCUGUGUGGCUGCAGCUGGGUCUGAGUGAUGCUGAAGCCAUGGAAAUUCUUCAGGCCCAGCCUCCUGGGAUAUUUCUGGUCAGGAAAUCUGCGAGACUGCAGAAGAAAGUCAUCUCUCUGCGUCUGCCCAGCGACUGUGGGUCCUACCUGAGAGAAUUUGCCAUCAAAGAAAGUACAUACACAUUUUCCUUGGAGGGGUCUGGAAUAAGUUUUGCUGAUUUAUUCAGGCUCAUUGCUUUCUACUGUAUUAGCAGGGAUGUCCUUCCAUUCACACUGAAGUUGCCUCAUGCAAUUGCUGCAGCAAAGACAGAAGCUGAACUUGAAGACAUUGCUCAGCUUGGACUGAACUUUUGGAGCUCCCUGGCUAACAGCAACCCCCUGGAUCCUUCACCUCCCUGUAGGCCUGUGCCUUUGGACAGUGCUCGUAAAGACUCGCGGCAGCUCUGCCUCAUAAAUGGAGUGCAUUCUAUACGAACCAGAACGCCCUCGGAGCUGGAGUGCAGCCAGACCAACGGAGCGCUGUGUUUCAUUAAUCCCCUCUUCUUAAAAGUGCACAGCCAGGAUGUCAGUGGAAGUCUGAAAAGGCAGAGCCCGAGAACUCCAGACGUGAAUGGCACGGCGAGGCCUCGCUCCCCCCCGCCCCGGCCGCCACCUCCUGCUAUUAAUAGCACCCUCACGAGCCCGGGGCUCUCCAGGACUAUAAAGCAGGCGAGCAUGCCAGGAACAGCGAACCAUAAGAAAGAGAGAGGCUCGGAUUCGCUGCAGAGCAAGCCAGCCCCGAUUCCGCCUCCUCGGCUGAAGAAGCAGGCUGUGUGCUCCGAGGCUGUGUGCUCCGAGGCAGAAGGGGGCCCGAAGGCGGCAGCGGCCGCUCGGCCCAGCUCGGCGUGUGGGCCCGAAGCAGCAGCCGGGCUUCCAGGUGAAACCCCGCCCGAGCCCGCUCCGGCAGCUCCCAAAAAGACGGCGGCUACCACCUCUGAGUCACACAUCCCCUGGAAUGGAGGCAGGCAGAGACUGAGCGACAUGAGCAUUUCCACCUCCUCGUCGGACUCGCUGGACUUCGAUCGGAGCAUGCCGCUCUUCGGCUACGAGGGGGACACCAACAGCAGCCUGGAGGAUUUCGAGGGGGAGAGUGACCAGGAGAGCAUGGCACCCCCUUUGAAGCCCAAGAAGAAAAGAAGCAGUUCCUUUGUUCUCCCCAAGAUUGUGAAAUCUCAGCUGCGGAAAGUCAGUGGAGUUUUCAGUUCCUUCAUGACCCCCGAAAAGAGGAUGAUUAAGAAAAUUGCAGAGAUGUCCCGGGACAAACGCACUUAUUUUGGAUGCUUAGUACAGGACUAUGUCAGCUUUCUCCAGGAAAACAAGGAGUGCCAUGUUUCCAGCACUGAUAUGCUGCAAACAAUUCGUCAGUUCAUGACCCAAGUCAAGAACUACCUGUCCCAAAGCUCCGAACUCGAUCCCCCAAUCGAAUCACUGAUUCCCGAGGACCAAAUAGAUGUUGUCCUGGAGAAGGCCAUGCACAAGUGCAUUCUGAAGCCGUUGAAGGGUCACAUUGAAGCGAUGUUGAAAGAGUUCCAUACCACAGAUGGUUCCUGGAAACAACUCAAGGAAAACCUGCAGCUGGUGCGGCAGAGGAACCCUCAGGAGCUGGGCGUGUUUGUUCCCACCCCGGACUUCGUGGACGUUGAAAAGAUUAAAGUCAAGUUCAUGACUAUGCAGAAGAUGUAUUCCCCUGAAAAGAAAGUCAUGCUGCUGCUGAGAGUUUGCAAAUUGAUUUACACUGUUAUGGAGAAUAACUCAGGGAGGCUGUAUGGAGCUGAUGACUUCUUGCCUGUGCUGACAUAUGUGCUAGCCCAGUGUGAUAUGCUGGAGCUGGAUACUGAGAUCGAAUACAUGAUGGAGUUGCUGGAUCCCUCCUUGCUGCAUGGAGAAGGAGGCUAUUACUUGACCAGUGCCUAUGGAGCACUUUCACUGAUCAAGAACUUCCAGGAGGAACAAGCUGCCCAGCUCCUCAGUUCAGAAGCCAGAGACACUCUGCGGCAAUGGCACAAGAGGAGGACAACUAACAGGACAGUGCCUUCAGUUGAUGAUUUCCAGAACUACCUUCGUGUGGCAUUCCAGGAAGUGACCAGUGGGUGUACGGGAAAGACCUUACUAGUAAGACCGUAUAUCACCACCGAAGAUGUGUGUCAGCUUUGUGCUGAAAAGUUUAAAGUGGACAAUCCAGAAGAAUAUAGCCUGUUUCUUUUUGUUGAUGACACCUGGCAACAACUGACAGAGGAUACCUACCCUCAGAAAAUUAAGGCGGAGUUGCACAGCCGUCCCCAGCCCCAGGAGAGCUCUUAUGUAGCUUCUGUUAUGUGUAAGAAGAUUGUAACAUCGGCACUGCCGAUUUCAGUGCCUGAACUUGAUGUAUUGUUAUCUGUAUUAUUGUUUAUAUGCAUCGUUUUAGACACAACUAGGGGGCUGGAAGAGAAAAUUGAAAGAAAACGUUGUAGAGGAGGGGAAGAGAAAGAAUGUAGAGAACCUAAUUUAGCAUUAUAAUCUGUUAGUCUGCUGGUUCAGGCUCCUUGCAGAAAACAGUGAAGGAGGUUGGUCAGGAACUUCAACGGAAGCAGCAGUGUGUGUCUGCAGAGGGAUGUGACAGCCCCUCUCCCAGGUACUGUUUGUGUUAGAGAGCAUUAAAUAUGUCAGCAGUGGGAAGGAGAACACUAUUUUGUCCAGUUGGUUGCCAGCAUCCAAGCGUGUGUUGGCCUGGAGAACACGUGUCAGCGUUCCAUUCACCUGGAGAGAACAUGUGUCAGCCAGCAUUCCUGUCACCUGGAGAACACGUGUCAGCGUUCCAUUCACCUGGAGAACACGUGUCAGCAUUCCUGUCACCUGGAGAACACGUGUCAGCGUUCCUGUCACCUGGAGAACACGUGUCAUCCAGCAUUCCUGUCACCUGGAGAACACGUGUCAGCGUUCCGUGACGCCGUGUCCCGCGGUGAGCGAGGCCCGAGGGUCAGUCCUGCGUGUGCAGACAGCAGGUUGGUGUUUCAUGCACGUGUUCCUGUGGGUUUGUCCCAGACAGCCCAUGUCACGGGUGAUGCUCUGCACCCCCCUAAGUCAGUCAGGGCUGCUGUCUUAGGGGGACAUGGGGUGCUCCCCAGAUCUGCUGUAGCGGUGGAACAUGAGGCAGAGCCCACCCGGAUGCCACGGGCAGCACGUGUGUUGUACAUACAGAGAUCUGUAGGACUGUUCCGUUUGCCUUGUACCUGAGACCCCUGGCACGUGCCUGUAUUUCAUUUUGUAAAUGUUGAGUGUUGCACAUAAUAAUACAUUGCAAUGCUGAACUAUAAUUUGGGAUGUUGUGUGCUGUGGUUUUUGGGGGGAGCUUUUUUUUUUAAAAUGGUUCAUGCUGUAAAGUUUUGUGUAUAAGUGACUCUGAUGCUGCUGCUUUUUGUGCUGCUUGACCCAGUGUAAACUCUUUGCAGAGGAAGGACCUGUGCUUGGCCUGAACAGUCGGUGGAAGCAACAGGCAGGGCUUGGCUGCUGAACCACUUUUUGUGACCUGAAAGCUGAUGUUCAGUGCUCAAGAAAGUUCCACUAUUUUCGUAAGACUGUGACACUGACACUGAGGAGAGGGAAGGAUUGGGGCAGAGUAUUAAGAAACUCAGAAUUUCAGGCAUGAAACAAAAGAAAGCUCAGAGUGCAAAAAGGGAAAUGUGUGCCUAAACUGCCUCGAGACAAUUUUGCUGUCCGUUCUUGUGCAAUUGUGUCUUCUGAAAAUUAGGACAUUUUAUUCAUUGUGCUGCCCAAAACACUUCUCACUUCUCAUAACACCAGGAAACAGAUGAUACAAAAACCUGCAGAAAUUUGGACUGGUAAAAAUAAGCUAUUCAGUCUUCUCCAGUGUGAGGUGUUUGAUGUUAGGAAUGACUGAAAAGCAAGGAAAAGGUUAUAGUUGAGUUUGUCUCUCAUCACAUUCAUUCAGAGCACACUGAGACAAUGGGGGAGGGGGGGGGAAGAGCAUGGAUAAAGGUGAAAUUUCCCUGAGAAAAGUUUGAGAUCAGAGCAUUAACUGAGAGCACAGGCUGGGAUCAGGGCUGAGCAGCACCACACCCUGUGCUCACAACCCAUUCAGCUUCCCCCUCACGCUUUGUCAGGGGGUUUAUGGCCCUGCCAAGAAACAGCUGCUGAAUUAACAAGUGCCAGGCCGUGGUUGUGUGUGAGCUGGUGGGUCAUUUACAUGUUCAUCAGCCACACUCUGUAAUAAAUACUGCAUUUUGUU